AUGACAGCUGCCUUGCGAAUGCUUGCUUACGGUGCAGGGGCAGAUCAAUGUGUUGAGUAUUGUUGGAUGGAAAAAUCCACCUCCGUCGCAGCCUUUCAACACUUUACACGAGAAAUUGUUGAUCUUUACUUAGCAGAAUACCUCUGCGCUCCUACUGCUGCUGACCUCAAACGACUUCUUGCCAAAUUUGAGAGGAGAGGUUUUCCAGGAAUGAUUGGGAGCAUCGACUGUAUGCAUUGGCAAUGGAAGAAUUGUCCGACAGGUUGGGCUGGAGAAUAUAGAGGUAGGAAACAGAUCCCCACUGUCAUCCUGGAAGCAGUCGCAUCUUACGACACCUGGAUUUGGCACUCAUUCUUUGGAAUGCCCAGGGCAUGCAACGACCUGAACGUCUUGGCAAAGUCUCCAUAG